AUGGCUCGCACGAGUACGUCUAGCCAACAACACACCAUAAACGGCCUGCACUCGCCCUCGACCCGCCCACGUCCGCGCACGUACUCUCGUGCCCGUCCUUCCUCCUACAGGCAAAGCCUGCAUACUGUCGCGCCUACGGCAAAGCUGCACAUCCAUUGGCUCUUCCGCUCUAACAUUCCUCGCCGCCGCGGCAUGCCGAUGCCCACUGACCCGAACAAACGCAAUUUCUUUGGCAUCGGAGAGAUCCUCGGAGUACUUGCCAACCCCUCGCAAACCCUUCGCAGCCUGACCGAAUCAAGAAGAAUGCUCGAAGAGACAAGACAGGAACUUGCUGAGGCUCGCGAACGUGCACAACUCAGCCCUACUCACACGUUCUCAAGCUUGCCUGGCUUCUUCGACAGACCAGCGGAGCUCAAGGCCAUCGAACGGGCCCUCCAGGGAGAGCCCAGCUUCACCGUCCUCUUCGGUGCCAGCAGCGUCGGAAAGACUGCACUGUUGCGCCAAGUCCUCACGCGCCCGACGUAUCAUGUUCUACACUUCGACCUCCGCAUAGCAGGCUUCGCCGACCUCGCCAGCCUCUACAUGAGUCUCAGCCAACAAAUGGAAGCAUUCUUCACGUCCAUCGCGGAAGACCCGGAGAUGCCGGGGUACGAAGUGUUUGAGAAGGAGGCUUGGGCAUUCAAGCACGACAGGCUCAACGUGGAGCGGCGCGUGGCAAGUUCGACGCAGCUCGGCGAGACGCUCGCGCAUACUACAAUGGGCGAGAUCAAGACCAGCGACGUCGCGAGGUUGAUGGAGUUGUUCCAAAGCUCGUUGCUGCGUUACUGGAACUUUCAGCCCAACAUGUCUGAGGUGUCAUCCAUCUCGCGGCGCAAAUCGGUCAGCCAUACCGAAAGUAUGACAGAGCUUGCUUCACAGCAGUCCAAGGCUUCUCGCGCGUCAUGGCGAAUGCGCCUGUUCGGGAGCAUGAGCCGGCGUAAGCGUGCGGAGAAGGCUCGCAGGGACAGCAUAAGCGCAGAUGCGAUGGCGGAGGAGAAGGGCAAGGCCAAGGACCAUGCGCCGCCGAUGAAGAAAAUUCCCGUGUUCUUCAUGGACGAGGCACAUAAGCUUCCGGCGUUGAUCCGCUCGGUUGACGCUAUGAAGGCACUUUUGGAUGCCAUGCUUGUGUUGACGAAGCAGGACCGGCUCUGCCACGUGAUACAUGCCACAAGCGAUCCCUUUUACCAGACCUGGCUUCGCCAGCUGAAUGUGAUGCAGCAUUGUAAGAUUAUCACAGUCGGUGAUUAUCCGAAGGCGGACACAAGGAAGUACUUCCGAGAGAGGAUCCUGCCGCUUGUUCCGGAACAUCUGCGUCACGGUCUCGAUUUUGAGCGGCUGUAUGAAGCGUUUGGUGGCAAGCUGGCGCAUUGGCAGGACUUUGUCACCGAUUAUGUCAAUGCAAAUGGGCGAUUGGAGAUCAAGCAAAGCUCGCACUUUUUGCAAGCCCACGCGCUGCUCAACCUGCACAUCAUCCACUCCUCGCAGGACCCCCCUGCACCCCCUGCGAAUACCGCGGAAGCUGCAACUGAGUCCGCCCCAUCCCCCCAAAGCACCCGCGAUGCAUCGCAACAUGCGAUCCAUCGGCUUUCCCCACCGCCGGGCUCGAAUAACGGAUUCCGCAUCUACUCCCCCCUCACCGCCAACCCCCAUGCGGCGCCGGCUCCCCCCGGUGACACCGCGCACAACGCACCCGAGUUCCGCGCGGACUUCACCGCAAUUCAGCUACUCAAGGUGAUGAAUCGGCUCGCGCAGCCGAAUGCACGGUCGAUCCCGUACUUCAUCCUGUGUCGCGAGAUGGGCGCGCGCGCCGUCGACGGGAUGGUCAAGGGUCGGAUUCUCGACCUGCGCUGGACAGACCCAAUUUCGAAGGAGGGCGUUGACACGCGCGUCACGAGCAUGCGUUUCCGCGAGAGCCGUUUCCGCGAUAGCACGCGCUUGCGUGAGAGCGUACGCCUGCAGGAGGGGAGCAGCGCGACGGCAGUGAAUGACUACGACGUGGAGGACGGGGAGAUGGUGCCGAUGACCGACGAGGAGAUUUACGGCGCGCAUGAUCAGAUGAUGGAUGCGCAGCCACCGGAGGAGGAGGAGGAAGUCGUGGGCCCGAAGCUCGUCCCAAUCACGCCAAUUAUGCGUUAUGCGAUGCGUGAGGUCGUGCAGGAGUAUUAUGAUGAUGAUGGGGAUUCUGUGUCCGAAUAUGCAUCGCUUUCCGAGGUGGAAGAGUACUGA